AUGAGAACGUCGUAUUUUAUAUGUGGAAUAUACGUCCUUAUGGACUUGGCUAGUAGCGAUGAACGCAGCUUUCGGAUUUACUUUGACGAAUUUUCAAUCAAGUAUAAGGUGCCAGACAUUUUUGAGAAGAUGGAUUCUACUUUGGUUCAACUGAACAAUCGGAGCUACAUCAACGCAGAGAUGAUACUUAAAAGGGAUGUUGCCGAUUUGAAUGUUCGUGCCAUUAUGGAGUUUUGGAAACCAAAGGCUCAAACAAAUAUGAAAUUGUACGAUGUUCGUGUGGAUGGAUGUAACUUACUUCAAAGUAUUAACAAAAAUAAACUCUUUAACUUCUAUGUGAAGAGCUUUAAAAAGCACGCUAAUGUUAUUUUAAAGUGUCCACUUAAAGCGAACUUCAGCUACAAGAUGGUGGAUUGGUUUUUGGAUGAAAAUGAUCUACCACUGUUUGUGCCACUCGGUACAUUUCGAACGAUCACUGAAUAUUUUACCCAAAAGCGAUUAGCAAUACGUGUUCUUGUACAUGGCAAAGUUUUACCAAAAUCUUAA